UAGACGUGGGGCUCCCGGGCGGAAGCUGCCCGGGAUGAGGGGCGUCUGCUCCGAGGCUGGGCGCCCGCUGCGGGAGGGAAAUCGGGCAGGAGGGGUGUGCGUGGUGGUGCGGACCUGGGCUAGUGGUGAGCGCUGAGGUGGAGAGCGGAGCUAGGACCCCUGUGAAAUGCGUCUUCAGGAGGGCUCUGGGGACUGCUCGCUCGCUGGCGUUCAUUCUCUCCUGGUCAGCCUUUCCUGGCCUUCAAGGAGCAGACUCUUGGAGGAUGGAGCAGACUUGGGACUUGUAAAAUGUUGCCCUCUAAGAAGAGAAGAACUUCAGUAACAGAGUCUGCGCAGCAGCAAGAUGACCAGGAGGGUGAUGACUUAGACCUAGAGGCAGCUGUGAAGCCAGACACGGACCAGCUCCCAGACUGUGGGUCAGAGUCACUGUCCUGGGGUCAGAGUCAUGACAGUGCAGUGUGCCCUGAAGUGCACUCCAUGCAGGAUGUAGACAAUCAUCAGCUCAGCAUGGAGGGCCCACCUUUCAGCUCGAAGAUGCUCACCCAGCAAAACUUAGCAGUUUUGGAAGCUGUUGAUGUAGCCGUGUCUCAGGAUAUCCCCCUUCCUUCCUUGGAAUCUUCUCAUUCCCUUCCUGUACACACGGAUAAAGGGAGACUCCAGGCCUCUGCCUCAAGGAAAGGGAAGAAAAUUGUCUUCACGCCUGGGCAGGUUACCCGAGAAGACCAAGGGGAUCACCCCGCCCCAGAGGAGCCUCCUUCAGGAGAGCCUGCCGGAGAGGCCAAGGCGGGAGGAGGAGAACUUCAGAUGCAUUCCGAAGGGGAGUUACCUUUGCUGUCAUCAGGCAGUCAAUCUGCAAAACCAGGUGCCCAGCCUAGGAAGUCAUUCCAGUCAGACGGUUCUGCCUUUCCUCAAGAAAAGCCCCUGAGACCUCUGGUUCGCCAAGCUGAGGAAGAGAUGGAGGAUGGUGGACUUUUCAUUCCAACCGAAGAGCAAGAGGGCGAAGAAAGCGAUAAAAAGAAAAAAACUAAAAAGGGUACCAAGAGGAAGCGAGAUGGAAAGGGCCAGGAGCAAGGGACGAUGGCAUACGACCCGAAACUGGAUGACAUGCUGGACCGUACCUUAGAGGAUGGCGCCAAGCAGCACAAUCUGACAGCAGUCAAUGUCCGAAACAUCCUGCACGAAGUCAUCACAAAUGAGCACGUGGUGGCCAUGAUGAAGGCGGCCAUCAGUGAGUCAGAGGACAUGCCGCUGUUCGAGCCUAAGAUGACACGCUCUAAACUGAAGGAAGUUGUGGAGAAAGGAGUGGUAAUCCCAACUUGGAAUAUUUCACCAAUUAAGAAAGCCAGUGAAAUUAAGCAGCCUCCCCAGUUUGUGGAUAUUCACCUUGAAGAAGAUGACUCCUCAGAUGAAGAAUACCAGCCAGAUGAGGAAGAGGAAGAUGAGACAGCUGAAGAGAGCUUAUUGGAAAGUGAUGUUGAAAGCACUGCUUCGUCUCCACGGGGAGUGAAGAGAUCCAGACUGCGGCUGUCUUCUGAAGUGGCCGAGACAGAUGAGGAGAGUGGCAUGUUGUCAGAGGUUGAGAAAGUUGCCACCCCUGCUCUCAGGCACAUCAGUGCUGAGGUGGUGCCCAUGGGGCCUCCACCUCCUCCAAAGCCAAAGCAGACCAGAGAUAGUACUUUCAUGGAGAAGCUAGAUGCGGUGGAUGAGGAGCUGGCGUCAAGUCCUGUCUGCAUGGAUGCUUUCCAGCCCAUGGAGGAUAGCCUCAUUGCCUUCCGAACACGGUCUAAGAUGCCCCUGAAAGAUGUCCCUCUGGGCCAGCUAGAGGCUGAGCUUCAGGCGCCAGACAUCACUCCGGACAUGUAUGACCCAAAUACAGCUGAUGAUGAGGACUGGAAGCUGUGGCUGGGGGGCCUCAUCAAUGACGACCUCGUGGAAAAUGAGGAUGAAGCAGAUGAUGACGACGAUCCAGAAUAUAACUUCCUGGAAGAUCUUGAUGAACCAGACACAGAGGAUUUCCGUACUGACCGGGCAGUGAGAAUCACUAAAAAAGAAGUGAAUGGGCUGAUGGAAGAGCUGUUUGAGACUGUGCAAUCUGUAGUCCCCAGUAAGUUCCAAGAUGAAAUGGGAUUCUCGAAUAUGGAAGACGAUGGCCCAGAGGAAGAGGAGCGUGUAACAGAGUCUCGGCCUAGCUUCAACACCCCUCAAGCCUUACGGUUUGAGGAGCCGUUGGCCAACUUACUAAAUGAGCGACACCGCACGGUGAAGGAGCUGCUGGAGCAGCUGAAAAUGAAAAAACCCUCAGUCAGACAGCAGCCUGAGGUGGAGAAGCUGAAGCCGCAGAAGGAGACAGCCCAUCAGACUCUGGUCCUCGACCCUGCUCAGAGGAGCAGGCUUCAGCAGCAAAUGCAGCAGCAUGUUCAGCUCCUGACACAAAUCUACCUUCUCACCACCUCCAACCCCAACCUCAGCUCCGAGGCCAGCACCACCAGAGUAUUUCUUAAAGAACUCGGCACCUUUGCUGAGAACUCGAUCGCCCUUCACCAGCAGUUCAACCCCAGGUUUCAGACUUUGUUUCAGCCUUGUAACUGGGUGGGAGCCAUGCAGCUCAUCGAAGACUUCGCGCACAUCAGCAUCGACUGCAGCCCUCACAAAACCGCCAAGAAAACUGCCAGUGAAUUUCCCUGUUUGCCAAAGCAAGUGGCUUGGAUUCUGGCCACAAACAAGGUUUUUAUGUAUCCAGAGCUCCUCCCAAUAUGUUCCCUGAAGGCAAAUAAUCCUCGUGACAAGACCAUCUUCACCAAAGCUGAGGACAAUCUGUUAGCUUUAGGACUGAAGCACUUCGAAGGGACGGAGUUUCCUAAGCCUCUGAUCAGCAAGUACCUUGUGACUUGUAAGACUGCUCACCAGCUGACGGUGAGAAUCAAGAACCUCAACCUCAACAGAGCGCCUAACAACGUGAUCAAAUUUUAUAAGAAGACCAAACAGCUGCCAGUUCUGGUGAGGUGCUGUGAAGAGAUCCAGCCACAUCAGUGGAAGCCGCCUAUUGAAAAGGAAGAACACCGGCUUCCAUUCUGGUUAAAGGCCAGUCUGCAGUCCAUUCAGGAUGAACUGCGGAACAUAGCUGAAGGUGCUGCAGAGGGAGGAAGUGUGACCACAGCCACUGAGACCAGCACAGAUCAGCACUUAGAGAAAGCCAGCCCUGCCCUGGGGGGUGAAACUCAGUACCCCCUGCUGCUGCCCAAGGGUGUGGUACUCAAACUGAAGCCGGGGUCCAAGCGUUUCUCCAGAAAGGCUUGGCGACAGAAGCGGCCGUUGGUCCAGAAGCCCCUCCUUAUCCAACCGAGCCCCUCUGUUCAGCCUGUGUUCAACCCUGGGAAGAUGGCAACCUGGCCAACUCAGUCGGAAGUGCCUCCAAGCAACACGGUGGUCCAGAUUCCUCAUCUAAUCCAGCCAGCUACUGUCCUACAGACACUUCCAGGGUUCCCUUCAGUGGGGGUCCGUGGAGAGGACGGCUUUGAGUCUCCUGCAGCCCUGCCUGCCAUGCCUUGUGGGUCUGAAGCCGGGACCAGCUUCCCCCUGUCUGAGACCCACACAGCACCGCCUUCUUCCUCCACACCCAAGUUAAUGCUGCCCUCUCUGGCCCCUUCUAAAUUUCGAAAGCCAUAUGUGAGGCGGAAGCCCACAAGAAGAAAAGGAGCCAAGGCAUCCCCCUGUGUGAAGCCCGCUCCUAUCAUCCACCCGACACCUGUCAUCUUCACAGUUCCUGCCACCACAGUGAAGGUCGUAAGCCUUGGCAGUGGCUGUAACAUGAUCCAGCCUGUUCCUGCAGCCGUGGCACCCAGUCCCCAGACCAUUCCUAUCACCACUCUCCUUGUUAACCCCACUUCUUUCCCCUGUUCAUUAAACCAACCCCUUGUGGCCUCCUCCAUCCCCCCGCUAAUUGUUUCCAGCAGUCCUCUGACUCUUCCUGUGACAUCUAUCCCUGAAGAUAAGGCCCAGGUGAACUUGGAUGGUCCUGAAGGGAAAAAUGCUCCUCAAAACCCCGAGUCCAAGUUACAACCCCAGGACCGGACUCCUCUCUGUGCUACUGUCUUCUCCAAAGAUGAGCCCAGGCCAUGGCAUUCCUCAGCAGAUCCAGGAAGCCAGGAAGCAUUCUCUGAAUCGAGUGUCUGCAGCUGUGCUCUUGUGAAAACAGAAAGCCAGGAAGGCUCUUCUGAGAAGAGUGCCCGCGGCUGGACUGUGGUGAAGACAGAAGAUGGUGGCCAUGCUGUGGAGCCACUGCCUCAGAAUCUCCAGGAGUCUCUGAACUCUCCAUCAAAGGAUUUAUUAAAUAUGGUCAAGAUGGAAGCUGAGGAUUGUAUGGUGGAAAUCUCUAGCAAUUUCCUCAAGCAAGACAUUGGCGAGGAAGUGAAAGAGGAAUGUUCUAUGGAAUUAGAUAGGGACUCCCCGCAGGAGAAGCCAAGUAGUGCUACUGAGAUGAACAAACAAAUAGUCCUGCAUAGGGAAGAGACACAGGCUGCUAAAUCCCCUUCUGUGUCCCAGGAUGCUCCUGACGAGGCGCAUACAAGUCGGGAUGCGAGCAAAGGAUUGCCAAAAAGCACUCCAUCCUCCAUGGAGCAGGGCACGGAGCUUAGCAGUCCUCCAGGGAAGCCUGAGGACUUGGCCAACGCUGAUGGUCAGUCUGUGGGAACCCCAGCCGGACUGGACACUGGAGGGGAGAAGGACGGGCCUGAGGAAGAAGAGGAGGAGGACUUUGAUGACCUCACCCAAGAUGAAGAAGAUGAACUGUCAUCAGCUUCUGAGGAGUCUGUCCUUUCGGUCCCAGAGCUCCAGGAAACAAUGGAGAAACUGACUUGGCUGGCAUCUGAAAGGCGGAUGAGUCAGGAGGGUGAGUCUGAGGAAGAGAACUCCCAGGAGGAGAACUCUGAGCCAGAAGAAGAGGAAGAGGAGGCAGAAGGAAUGGAAACUUUGCCAAAGGAUGAUGAAGUGACCGACGAAGCAGUGGGGGAUGCAGCUGAGAAAGCCCCUUCCGCUGUGGCCUCACCUCAGACUGCUCCAGAAGUAGAGACCAGCAUCACCCCAGCAGGAGAGAGCAUCAAAGCUGCUGGAAAGGGACGGAGCAGUCAUCGGGCUCGAAACAAACGGGGAAGCCGGGCUCGGGCCAGCAAGGACGCCUCCAAACUGCUGCUGCUGUAUGAUGAGGACAUUCUCGACCGGGACCCACUCCGGGAGCAGAAGGACCUGGCGUUCGCACAGGCUUACCUCACCAGGGUCCGAGAAGCUCUCCAGCACAUCCCUGGCAAAUAUGAAGAUUUCCUUCAGAUCAUCUAUGAAUUUGAGUCAAGUACCCAAAUGCACAGCGCUGUGGAUCUCUUCAAAAGCUUGCAAACCCUUCUCCAAGACUGGCCUCAGCUCUUGAAGGACUUUGCUGCUUUCCUGCUGCCUGAGCAAGCCCUGUCGUGUGGACUUUUUGAGGAGCAGCAGGCUUUUGAGAAGAGUCGCAAGUUCCUUCGGCAGCUGGAGAUAUGUUUUGCCGAGAACCCCUCCCACCACCAGAAAAUCAUCAAGGUUCUUCAGGGCUGUGCAGACUGCCUUCCUCAGGACAUCACUGAGCUCAAGACACAGAUGUGGCAGCUCCUCAGAGGCCACGACCACCUACAGGAUGAGUUCUCCAUCUUUUUUGAUCAUCUGCGCCCAGCAGCUAGCAGGAUGGGUGACUUUGAAGAGAUCAAUUGGACUGAAGAGAAAGAGUAUGAGUUUGAUGGCUUUGAAGAAGUGAUACUCCCUGAUGUGGAAGAGGAAGAAGAGCCCGCCAAGGCAUCCACAGCCUCCAAGGGCAAGAGGCGGAAAGAGAUUGGGGUCCAGCAUCAAGAGAAGGAGACCGAGUGGCCUGAAACAGCCAAGGAUUGUCCCUGUUCCUGCCAUGAGGGAGGUCCCGACUCUAAGCUGAAGAAGAGCAAAAGGAGAAAUUGUCACUGCAGCAGCAAGGUCUGUGACAGCAAAUUCUACAAGGGCAAGGAGCCCCUCGAGUUGGUGGGCAGUGGCCCCCUCCAAGAGGCCAGUGCGGUACCCAGCACUAAGGAAGCCGGGCAAAGCAAGAGCAUGUUAGAAGAGGAAACACUGGAGGGACAGGAGAACAUGGAGGUGACCCAGAGUAAGACUGGCAGGACCGCCAGAAAGGGAGAGGCGCCCGAUCCAGGGUUGACAGGAGGGACUACUGCGCUGUGCUCUGCAGAGGUGACGCCCAUGGAGCCGCCGUCCGAGGGCUCAACACGCUGCUUGCCAGAGACUCCUCGGUUUCCUCCUCAGACUGGAGCUGUAGGCUGCUCUGUCAGGAGAAACCAGGCUGGGCCUGAAGCUGCCUCCUGCCUCAGUACCUCCUCCUUACAUCCUGAAGAGGAGGACCGAAAGGCUGCUGCCGAGACUAUUGCGCCCCUUCCAGAAGCAUCAGAAACUGAGAGACUGCUGGGAACUGUGGAGCGCCCCACUCCCCUCCCGAGUCCUGUUUCCUUAAGGACCAGAGACACAGGGAGAAGACACACAUGUGGGAAAGCAGGCAGUCAGAGUUGUCCCCCCGAGAGCAGAGCGGAGGCAAAGGCAGCCCAUACGGUGGCCCCAAUCCGGGAGACCUCCUCAGGAGCUAGUGCCUCAGAGGCUGCUCCCAAAGCUGCCAGAGAGGUCCUGGCUGAAGACAGGGGAACCCCAGGCAAGGGCCAGGAAGGGGCGCUGCCGAAAGCCUCGGAAGCCACCGUCUGUGCCAACAACAGCAAGGUCAGCUCCACUGGGGAGAAGGUGGUACUGUGGACAAGGGAAGCAGACAGGGUGAUUCUCACCAUGUGCCAGGAGCAGGGGGCACAGCCUCACACCUUCAGCGUCAUUUCUCAGCAGCUGGGAAAUAAGACCCCUGUGGAGGUGUCCCACCGUUUCCGAGAGCUCAUGCAGCUCUUCCACACAGCCUGUGAGGCCAGCUCCGAGGACGAGGACGACGGCACCAGCACCAGCAAUGCAGACCAGCUCUCUGACCACGGGGACCUGCUGUCUGAAGACGAGCUGGAUGAGUGACAGCACUGCAGAUGGGGGGCGCUUCGCUUGUGAAGACCACGAGGACAGAGCAAGUAUGGAGGCAGCCCUGCAGUUCAUCUCUCAGGGUUGUUGGUGAAGACCCUAC